CCGUGAGGCGGGACGGGCGGCGGCGCCGCGCCCUGCCGGGCACUCGGGAGCGGGACGCAGCCCCCGCCGAGCCGGCAGCACCGGCGGCGAUGUUCCCCCUGUGGAAGGACGUUCUCUCGGAGAGUCUCCUGGGCUACAUUUCUUGGUCUCUUUACCAUGCACUGCCACCAAUGAUCUACUACUUCCCUCUUCAGACACUGGCACUCACAGGCUUAGAAGUUUUUGCUGUUGCCUUCUUUUCCCCGAUAUUCUUGACAAUUGACCCUUUUUGGAGGUUGGCUAACAAUGAGUAUGUUCUAGCCUUUCUGAGAUUGACUAUGGUUGGAAGCUUAGCAUCAUACCAUGCACCAAAUGCUUCAAUUAGACUGCUCAUCUUGGCUGCUGGUGUUUCUUCCUCAUUGCUGGUUCAAACAGUAACAUGGUGGUCAGGAAACAGUGUACAAAGGUUCAUCAGAAUAUGGGGCUUCAUGCUAGGCAAGAUAAUGCUCCUUGUUCUUCGUAUCUGGUACACAUCACUUAAUCCAGUCUGGAGCUCACAAGUUGCCAAUACUGUCAUACUGACAAUUGGUUUUGUAGCAGCAGUGGAGCGAAUCCAUUCAGGUGGAGACAAGAGGAAACAAGAAACAAACAAAACUGGUAAUGUGAUUAGAGAGGCUGCUUCCCAUCCUCACUGGUUUUUAUCAGGGAUUGCUUUUGGCAGCCUCAUAUUCCUCACUGUGUGGAUAUUUGGGGAGGUGUCCUUAAUUUCCAGAUGGGCAGUAAGUGGACAUCCACAUACAGGUCCAGAUCCUAAUCCAUACGGAGGUACAGUUCUGUUGGGCCUUGCUCAUGGACUGAUGCUUUCAUUUUGGAGCUGGUCUUCUAUCAUCAGUUUUGCCUUGUUUCUUAUAGGUUUGACAUCUUCAGCUGGUCUCCUUUAUUUACAUACCUGGAGUGCUGCUGUUGCAGGCAACAUUCUUGGUGUCUUUAGUAUGUGUGUGUGGCCUCAACUAGCUGCACGCUUUGUUAGCUGUCUGCAUCCUGGGAAAGCCAUGAGCACAGCCAUGUUUGCCUACGUUCUUGAAUUAUUCUUCUGUGUAUGGUGUACAGCUUAUAAAUUUGUACCUGGAGGAGUUUACAUUAGAGAAAGCUCCCAUCUUCUUCUAGGUUUUAUAAUGUUAUGUAUUGGGGUAGACUUUCUAACAGGACCCAAGAAAGACCUUAGCUCUGUCUUUGAAGUGAAAAGCAAUCAAAAACCAUUAUUCAAAAGGAGUAAAAAGUAUAUUAAACUACUAUUGUGGCUGCUUGUUGGUGUUGGUUUGCUUGGAUUGGGUUUACGUUAUAGAACUUACCAGAAGAAGUUGGGCCAAGGGGUUCCAAAAAGAGAUUUCUCUGCUAUGAUCUGGCCUUUUAGAUUUGGAUUUGACAAUGAAGGAUGGUCUAAUUUGGAAGGAUCAGCUAAUUUGCUUAAUCAGACAGAAGCAGAUUUUAUCACUAUUAUAGAGAGUGAUGCCUCUAAACCAUUCAUUGGAAACCAUGAUCCAACCAUGUGGCUUGGAGAAAGACUUGGAUUUUAUACAGAUUUUGGUCCAAGCACAAGAGAUCACACUUGGGGGAUUAUGGCACUAUCCAGGUAUCCAAUUGUAAAAUCAACCCAUCACCUCCUUCCAUCUCCAGAGGGAGAGAUUGCACCUGCCAUCUCCCUGACUGUCAACUUCACAGGGAAGCUUGUUGAUUUUGUUGUUGCUCACUUCGGAAAUGAAGAAGAGGACUUGGACAGAAAACUCCAAGCAAUAGCUGUUUCAAACCUGUUGAAGACUAGCUCUAAGCAAGUUGUGUUUCUAGGAUACAUCACUUCAGCUCCUGGAUCCAGAGACUAUACUGAAUUAAUAAAAAAUGGAAAUAUGCAGGACAUUGACAGUACAGACCGGGACAGAUGGUGUAGCUAUAUCAUGUAUCGUGGAGUAAUAAGGCUGGGUUAUGCCCGCAUAUCUCAUGCUGGUUUAAGUGAUUCAGAAGUCCAGAUGGCCAAAUUUAGAAUCCCAGAUGAUGUGGAUAGCUAUGUUGACAAUGACAGAAUUGUCACUGAUCCCAGCCAAGUUCCUGAGGACAUCCAUUUCAAUCCCAGGUUUGGAUCUUAUAAAGAUGGACAUAAUUAUGUGCCUAUUCAUCACUUUCAUAUGAGCACUCCUAAAUAUUUUAAACGGACAAAUUAGAGCAAGAAAAUAAAAUUAUUAUUCAGACCAACAAGAAAGGUAUAUCGCUCAAAACUGAAUUGACAGCCAAAAAGACUACAGUGUUUAAGGAUGAGCAACUGCCAUGCUGCACAACACUGUGAAUGUCUAUGUAAUAGUUUGUGCCUUUCUUCUCGAAUGAGCUGCCAUCACUGUGAGGGAAGGAAGGUGCACGCAUUUUGGUAAACUGGUGUGCACGUUGGCCAGAUACCUGCUUUGGUUGCAACCAAGCAAGGGUGGGAACUUGCUUUGGCAACAACUUCUUCAGCUUUUGUGGAGGUACUAUAUAUCAUGAUGUUUCAGAGUGCUAUUGCUGCUACUACAAU